AUGAGGCAGAACUCUUUCCUGUUCCUGCUCGAGUGUCAUGAGGAGCGGAGAACAGCCCAAUGGGUGAAGCUGUUCCUGCCUUCUUCUAGUUUUCUCAAUUGCAGCAUUACUAUUCCUCUCUCCUCGCAGCCCCUUUGCCUUUCAACUGCUCGCUUGGACGUCUUCGAGCGAAAGAGGAAAACUGAAGACACCCGCGCCAAGUCUCUUUGUGGUUCUCCAUCCGCACUUAUUUCGCAGGCAAAUCGCCGUAUACAUUUCUUGAUGCGUUUUUCUUUCUUGAGGGGCAACCCUGUGUGCCAAAGGUCCACCUUCAUGGUAGGCUUCUGUCUCCAGUUUGUAUGUGUUGGCUUAUUUUGUUGGUUUUCCACCUCUCUGCUUUCUGGCUCCACCGCUUUGUGUGCUCUCGUGACGCGCGCAAGAACAGUUCCGGACGGUAACAACAAGUCGCCCGUGAUGCUCCGUCUGCUUUGCUGCGCCCUGCUCCUCCAGCUGUGCACCGGCGGCCUUGUCGCUGCUGUGCCGCACCGGUGCGUGUUUGAUCACCUGCCACGGGUAGUUCGCGGCGUGGCCCGCGAGGUGGCGCCGGCGCAGCCUCCUGUCAGCGUCUCCGUGGGCAGUGACUGGGUGCCCAUCCGCAUCCGAGUCUUCGCGGACAGCCUGGAGGCGCCGGGUGGGUUCUGCUCCAGGGCCGGGGAGCGGAUUGAGAUGUUCCUUGGCGGCCAGAUGGAAUGCCAGGAAGAGGACAUUCUGACGGAGGAGAAGGUGGAAAUUCUCAAGAAUGUGAUUCUCCCCGAGGCGGCGAGGAUGCAC